AAUACAGAAUCGGCGGUAAGUGAGUUCCUCUGCUAGCGGCUGUGUUCCCGUUUCGCCCCGCUGUGGACGGGAAGGAGACCAGCUCUUACGGACGUCAAAUGACAUUUGUAACGGCGGCGCCACCACGGAGGACAGGGCCGACUCACUUCACAUUCAUAUGCGGCUGAUGUCUGCACCCAGAGAGGAGACAACAGUCCUCAGGAGGCACAUCACACCUUCCCCUCCUUCAUCUCUCGAUUUGUGAAGGGGCAUGCCUUCUGAACCCGGCCUCAGUAAGGAGAUGCUGACAGGACAGAGGCUCUGCUACUCAAAGUCCCACCAGGACUCGGUUCUCUCUGCCCUCAACCAGCAGAGGAAGGAUGGUCAGCUGUGUGACGUCACCCUGGUCGCCGGCGAGCAGAAGUUCCACGCUCACAAGGCCGUCCUGGCAGCCUGCAGUGACUACUUCAGGGCCAUGUUCAGCUUGUGUAUGGUGGAGAGCGAGGCAGAUGAAGUAACCCUGCAAGGAGUCACCAGUGUCGGACUAAAGCACGCUUUAGAUUUCGCCUACACCGGACAGAUUCUGUUGGAACCGGCUGUUAUCCAGGACGUCCUGUCUGCGGGCAGUCACCUUCAGCUACUGGAGCUGCUCAGCCUCUGCUCAAACUACCUCAUUCAGGAGCUGAACGGCGUGAACUACCUGGAGCUGUACCGCGUGGCCGACCUCUUCCAUCUACCCGCCUUGGAGGAGGCCGUGGUGGGCUUCCUGGUGGAGCAUCUGUCUGAGCUGAGGCAGAACCGACAGGACGAGGCCCUGCAGCUGCCCUACCGCCUCCUCAGGGAGGUGCUGAAAAGCGACCGCCUCACCUCCCUGAGCGAGGAGGAGAUAUGGAAGUUGCUCGUUCUCUGGCUGGAACACGACUACCGCUACCAGUACGCCGAGGAUCUCCUGCAGCACGUCCGCUACGGCCUGAUGGACGUCCCCGCCCUGCACCACCUCGCCAACAGUCACCCCCUGGUUCAGUCCUGCCCCACCGCUGCCGCCCUGGUGGACGAAGCCCUGGACUACCACCACGCCACCUUCGCUCAGCCCCUCCGCCAGUCGUCCAGCACCAGGCCUCGAUUCCAGUCGCUCACCCUUUACAUAGCGGGGGGCAGAAAGCGGGAGGUGAGCAGAGUCAGGGAGCUGCGCUACUUCAACCCGUCGGCACAGGAGCACGUGCGGGUGGGAGGGGGGUCCAACUGGAGCGAGCUGGCGCCCAUGCCCACCGGGCGCAGCCAUCACUGCAUCGCCGUGAUGGGGGACUUCCUGUUCGUGGUGGGCGGCGAGGUGGAGCACGCCACGGGCAGGACGUGUGCCGUGAGGACCGCGUGUAGGUACGAUCCCAGGGGCAACCGGUGGAUUGAGAUCGCCCCAAUGAAGGUGUGCAGGGAACACUUUGUCCUGGGAGCUCUGGGUCAGUACCUGUAUGCCGUGGGCGGCAGGAAUGAGCUGAGGCAGGUGCUACCUUCGGUGGAACGCUACUGUCCAAAGAAGAACAAAUGGAUGUUCGUCCAGCACUUCGACCGCUCGCUGUCCUGCCAUGCCGGGUGUGUGGCUGAUGAUCUGCUCUGGGUCUCAGGCGGAGUUACAAACACAGCACAGUACCAGAAUCGGCUCAUGGUAUACGACCCAGAGCAGGAUCAGUGGCUGGCCCGCAGUCCCAUGCUGCAGCGGCGCGUGUACCACGUCAUGGCGGCCGUGAGGAGGCAGCUCUACGUGCUCGGCGGCAACGACCUGGAUUACAACAACGACCGCAUCCUAGUGCGUCACAUCGACUCCUACAGCAUGGACCUGGACCAGUGGACCCGCUGCUCCUUCAGCCUCCUCACAGGUCAAAACGAGUCUGGAGUGGCCGUCCAUGACGACAGGAUUUAUGUGGUGGGAGGGUACUCCAUUUGGACCAACGAGCCUUUGGCGUGCAUCCAGGUGCUGGAUCUGAGCACGGAGGGGAAGGAGGAGGUUUUCUACGGACCGACACUGCCUUUCGCCUCAAACGGGAUUGCAACCUGUUUCCUCCCGGCUCCUUAUUUCACCUGCCCCAACCUCCAGACGCUACAAGUACCCCAUCACAGGAUAGGUGCUGUGUAGCCCACUGACUUGGAAAACGUCUGACAACCAGACGACGGAUCGGUUGGCGCUUGCGAACCAGAAUGAGGAAAAACAGCCAGUAAACAGAACUGGCUGCUCUAGCGUGGGUGUAACGGGGGAAGCCGUGCCGCUUCUUUAAGCUGUUGCUCCUGUCUUAAGACCGGGACAGCAUUCAGUCUCACUGGAAGGUCCGUCACCUCUGUUGAGACGGACGGGGUAAAUAUAGUUGAGCGUUCCGACCAGCCACGGGAAACGGAAAGUUGCCGGAACCAAUAAUAGGGCUUCAAGUUUGUUUUCUGCCCUGAAAACAAAAAAAAAAAAAAAAAAAACACACAAAAAAAGUCAACACUGUCCAUCGAUUCCCAUUUCGAGUUUCCCAGGCGGACCCAGACGAACAUGUUGCAGAGCCGACACUUGAAUUUUUUUUUUAAUCCCCUAAAUGAUGUGAAUUUGACAACAGAUUCAACAUACAAAAUGUAGCUGCGUUUCCAUUAAAAACGUGCGUAAAACUUUUGCUGAAAAAACAAACUACAUUUUCGCAAUUGUUGUGUUGACAUUAAAUUGGAAACGCAAUUAAAAUCACACGUGAAUAAGUUUGUUCACAUGAUAAGUCAUUCAGAAACAUUCUCCUGCCACUUCCUGUUGUCUUCUUCUUUGUCUUUUCCACCAGUGGUUACAGCCAACUGUUGAUCAUGUGAUUCGCGUGAUGUGAAAAAAAAAAAAAAAAGCGUUUUGUCGCAAUUUCGCGAAAUGAACAAAUUUCGGCAUGGCCGAAAAAUCACUCAAUCUUAGCGCAAAAACUUUACCUAAAAAUGUGAGGGUUUUUUUUUUUUCUUUGAAAUUGGGUUAUUUUCAUUCAUAUAAUUUAAUUAUUAACAUUCAGUAAUUUCAAUUUGCACAACUAUACGGUCAAUGGAAACGCAGCAGCUGUGUGAGCUAUUGAGGCUUUUAUUUCAAGCUCAGGACCUAAAGAUUGUUUGUUUGUGUUUUUAAAUGAAUGUCUGGACAUUCAAUCAUGUAUUACCUAUUAUUCUGCAUUGUCAAACAUUUGCUUUUACUAAAAAAAGAAAGAGAGAGAAAAAAAAGUGCUUGCACGUCCCUCAUGUAUCCGAAGCAACACGUCUGCAGGAAUAUACGGAAGAAACUGCAGAAUAAAGAUGCUACUUAAAGGACAUCAAA